AAGAGAAGACCUCAUCACAUGGCGUUGUAAUCAACGCUUACCUAAUAAAGAUAAUCACCCUGACCCCACUCCCAAAGCUCUCCCAUUUAACUGCUUGCAAUACAACUUAUUACACCCUAUAAUGGCCUCAACCUCCUUAUUUAAACCCCAACUUCCUUUGUAGAAUUUCUCUGCUCUACUUUCUUUUAUCUGUUCCUCGUCCUGGGUCUUCUUCGACUUCAUUUCUCUUUAGAGCUCUCACAUUGCCCGUUGGGGUAAUAGUUUACAGAGGGCUUAUUCAGAGUUUGUUGGUGUUAAGAGAAGGGAAAAUGGCGGUGAUUUCUUCCAGGGCUUUUGUGGGUGUUGUGGCUAUCUUUGCUCUUGUUUUUGCCAUCGUGUCACCCUAUGUUGAGGCUCAGUCCGCUGCUCCAGCUCCUUCUCCUACUAGUGAUGGGACUUCAAUUGACCAAGGGAUUGCAUACGUGCUGAUGCUUGUGGCACUGGUUCUUACAUACCUCAUCCACCCUCUAGACGCAUCUUCCUACAGCUUCUUUUAAAUUAUUCUUAGGGCUUGAGAGAUUCAUUUAGAUCAGGGUUGCAAUAGAAAUUGCUAUGUAGAUAGAUAUAUUAAGUUGUUUCUUUUUUUCUUUGGUGAUGGAUGGUGGUUUGCAUUUGUUAUGAGAGAUUUAUUGGUUAAUUUUGUUUUCUGGUAGCCUACUUUAUUUCUUGUUAUCAUUUUCUUUAUCCUACUCCUUGAUUCCUUAA